UUUUUGGUGAUUUUUUGGGAUUUUUUUGGGGAUUUUUCGAGCAUUUUUUCGUGAUUUUUCAAGGUUUUUUUGGGAUUUUUUUGGGAUUUUUCGAGGAUUUUUUGGUGAUUUUUUGGUGAUUUUUCAAGAAUUUUUUGGGGAUUUUUUGGGAUUUUUUUGGGGAUUUUUCGAGGAUUUUUGGGGAUUUUUCGAGGAUUUUUUUGGGGAUUUUUUGGUGAUUUUUUGGGGAUUUUUUUAGGGAUAUUCGGUGAUUUUUCGAGCAUUUUUUGAGGAUUUUUCGAGGAUUUUUUGGGAUUUUUUCGAGGAUUUUUUGAGGAUUUUUUUAGGGAUAUUCGGUGAUUUUUCGAGGAUUUUUUGAGGAUUUUUCGAGUAUUUUUUGGGGUUUUUUCGAGCAUUUUUUGGGGAUUUUUCGAGGAUUUUUUGGGAUUUUUUGGUGAUUUUUCGAGGAUUUUUUGGGGAUUUUUGGGACGUUUUUAGGGCAUCGAGCUCUCCCUGGCUGUCAACACCUCCCUCAUCGCCUGGCCAAGCUCUGUGAGCAUCCCUGCAAUUCCCAGGAUUUUGGGCAAUUUGGGGAUUUUUUGGGGAUUUUUUGGUGAUUUUUUGGGAUUUUUUUGGGGAUUUUUCGAGCAUUUUUUCGUGAUUUUUCAAGGUUUUUUUGGGAUUUUUUUGGGAUUUUUCGAGGAUUUUUUGGUGAUUUUUUGGUGAUUUUUCAAGAAUUUUUUGGGAUUUUUUGGGAUUUUUUUGGGGAUUUUUCGAGGAUUUUUUGGGGAUUUUUCGAGGAUUUUUUUGGGGAUUUUUUGGUGAUUUUUUGGGGAUUUUUUUAGGGAUAUUCGGUGAUUUUUCGAGCAUUUUUUGAGGAUUUUUCGAGUAUUUUUUGGGGUUUUUUCGAGCAUUUUUUGGGGAUUUUUCGAGGAUUUUUUGGGAUUUUUUGGUGAUUUUUCGAGGAUUUUUUGGGGAUUUUUGGGACGUUUUUAGGGCAUCGAGCUCUCCCUGGCUGUCAACACCUCCCUCAUCGCCCUGGCCAAGCUCUGUGAGCAUCCCUGCAAUUCCCAGGAUUUUGGGCAAUUUGGGGAUUUUUUGGGGAUUUUUCGGUGAUUUUUUGGGAUUUUUUUGGGGAUUUUUCGAGCAUUUUUUCGUGAUUUUUCAAGGUUUUUUUGGGAUUUUUUGGGGAUUUUUCGAGGAUUUUUUGGUGAUUUUUUGGUGAUUUUUCAAGAAUUUUUUGGGGAUUUUUUGGGAUUUUUUUGGGGAUUUUUCGAGCAUUUUUUCGUGAUUUUUCGAGGAUUUUUUGGGGAUUUUUCGAGGAUUUUUUGGGGAUUUUUUGGUGAUUUUUCGAUAAUUUUUGGGGGAUUUUUUGAGGAUUUUUUAGGGAUAUUCGGUGAUUUUUCGAGCAUUUUUUGAGGAUUUUUCGAGUAUUUUUUGGGAUUUUUUCAAGGAUUUUUUGGGGAUUUUUCGGUGAUUUUUCCAGGAAUUUUUGAUGAUUUUUCGAGGAUUUUUUGGGGAUUUUUGGGACGUUUUUAGGGCAUCGAGCUCUCCCUGGCUGUCAACACCUCCCUCAUCGCCCUGGCCAAGCUCUAUGUUUAUUGCACGGAACCGUUCAGGAUUCCUUUUGCAGGGAAAGUUCAGGUUUGCUGCUUUGACAAAACCGGAACCUUGACCAGCGACCACCUCGUGGUCAGGGGGGUGGCAGGACUCAGGGAAGGCAAGGAAGUGCUGCCAGUGUCAGAAAUUCCUGUGGAAACUCACAGAGCCAUCGCCUGCUGCCAUUCCCUGGUGCAGCUCGAGGAUGGGACAAUCGUGGGAGAUCCUUUGGAAAAAGCCAUGUUGACAGCUGUGGACUGGACACUGACCAAAGAUGAGAAAGUUUUCCCGAGGAGUCUAAAAACUCCGGGAAUGAGAAUUCACCAGCGCUUUCAUUUCUCCAGUGCCCUGAAGAGAAUGGCGGUGCUGGCUUCCUUGGAAAAUGCCUCUGGAGAAAUCCGAUACCUGGCGGCCGUCAAGGGCGCUCCCGAGACCCUGCACGCCAUGUUAUCCCAGUGUCCCAGCAACUACCACGAGAUCCAUCGGGAAUUCUCCUACGAGGGCGCGCGGGUCCUGGCCCUGGGCUACAAGGAGCUGGGAGCCCUGAGCCACCAGCAGGUGCGGGAGAUGAAGAGGGAAUCCCUGGAAUGUGACCUGAGAUUUGUGGGGUUCAUCGUGGUCUCCUCCCCCCUCAAAGCCGAUUCCAAGGCCGUGAUCCGAGAGAUCCAGAGCGCUUCCCACCGCGUGGUGAUGAUCACGGGGGACAGCCCGCUGACCGCCUGCCACGUGGCACGGGAGCUGCACUUCCUGCAGAAAGAGAAAAUCCUGAUCCUGCAGCCCCCGGAGCGCCACGGGCUGCCCUGGCAGUGGCGAUCCCGGGACGGCUCCGUGGCUCUCCCGGCAUUCCCGAAUUCCCUGCGGGAUCUCACGGAUCCCUUCGAGCUCUGCCUGACGGGGGAGGGGCUGGAGCAGCUCCGGCUGCGGGAUCGGGAUCGGCUGCUCCGGCUCAUCCCCCACAUCCGGGUCUUCGCCAGGGUGGUGCCCAAGCAGAAGGAAUUUGUGAUCACGGCACUGAAGAGUUUGGGUUACUGCACCCUCAUGUGCGGGGACGGCACCAACGACGUGGGAGCUCUCAAACACGCCGACGUGGGUGUGGCCCUGCUGGCCAACGCCCCGGAGCGCGUCCCCGAGCGGAAGCGUCGGCCCCGGGACGACUCCAGGCUGGGAAUUCCAGCCGGGAAUGUCAAACCCUCAUCCCGAGGAGCCAAGCACCGGGUCCUGGCCCAGAGGGAGGAGCAGCUGGCUGCACACAGGGAGCGGCUGAGCCAGGUACUGAGGGACCUGGAAGAGGAAAAGGUACCGGUGGUGAAACUUGGGGACGCCAGCAUCGCCGCCCCCUUCACCUCCAAGCUCUCCUCCAUCCAGUGCAUCUGCCACGUCAUCAAGCAAGGUCGCUGCACUCUGGUCACCACUCUGCAAAUGUUCAAAAUCCUGGCUCUGAACGCUCUGGUUCUGGCUUACAGCCAGAGCGUGCUCUUCCUGCAGGGCGUCAAGUUCAGCGACCUCCAGGCCACGCUCCAGGGGCUGCUCCUGGCUGGAUGCUUCCUCUUCAUCUCCAGGUCCAAGCCUUUGAAGACUCUUUCCAAGGAGAGGCCUCUUCCCAAUAUUUUUAAUCUCUACACGGUGCUGACGGUGCUGCUGCAAUUCCUGGUGCAUUUCCUGAGUUUGGUGUUCCUGUACCAGGAAGCUCAAGCCCGGAGCGAGCCCAGGGAGCAGGAAUUUGUGGAUCUGAGCCAGGAAUUUGAGCCCUCCCUGGUGAACAGCACCGUGUACCUGCUGGCCAUGGCCAUGCAGACAGCGACCUUCGCCAUCAACUACAAGGGCCAGCCGUUCAUGGAGAGCCUGGGGCAGAACCGGGCGCUGCUCUGGGCCCUGCUGCUCUCGGCCUCGGCCGUGCUGGGGCUGCUCAGCGGAGCCUGCCCCGAGCUCAACCUCGGCUUCGGCCUCGUCGAGAUCCCUGCCGAGUUCCGCCUGCUGAUCCUGGCCGUGCUCGUGGCCGAUUUCCUUCUGGCCUUUUCCGUGGAUCGGAUCCUGCAGCUCCUGCUGGGCAGCUCCCGCCUCCGAGUGCCUUCCUGAGGGGGCCAUUCCCAAAAAAUUCCCAAAAAAAAAAAAAUAACCCCACCCCACCCCCUCAAAAAAUCAUGGAAUUCCCGGCCCCCUUCGGCAAAGGAGGAUCCCGAAUUUUUCACCUUUCCCAGGAACUUUCCGGCAGCUUCCGAGGUGGGAAUUAAACCCUCUGGAAUUUCUUGGAAUUUCCCAAAUUUCCCAGGAUGUUCUCGUUCUCCAGGGAUGUUUUUUUUUUCUUUUUUUUUUUGGGGAAUGUGGCAAUGGAAAAAAGAAAAAAUCCUGAUCAAGGUGGUUUUUCUUUA